AUAGGAGUGUCAAGUGCAUCAUACAGAUUUAUAUUCAGAUAUACUAAUAUAAAAGAUGAUAUUUUCUGAUUUAUCAGCUCAAAAUCUUUGUACUUUGUUAUCUCAGGGAAUUUAAUGAAUCAAUUUCUAUAAUUAGCGAAGUGUGCUUCUUGAUGCAAUGUUCACUCUUGUCACUUGGGGGGUAGGUGAAGGACAGCCACAUCAGCCACAUCACACUUGAUGUCUAUAUGCCUUUUUACUUGACUAGCUACUCUUUUGCUCUGAUUUCAAACCUGCUAGAACCAACAGAAUGUGUCAGUAUUCUUGCAGUUUUUCCCCUCUAUUUUCUUGCAACACAGAUAAAGGAUUGGUUCACGUUGGUGGUGACGCCCACUAGGGAACUGGCGUUCCAGCUAGCAGAGCAGUUCCGCUUAACUGAGAUAAUUAGCGAUUCCAAACAGCCAUCUGAAUGGCAUCCAAAGAGCCACUGGUGAUCUCUAACAAGGACGCGAUGAGGAAAUGGUCAAGGACCAUGAUUUUAACAUUAAAAUUGUUGGUUCUGAAAUCACACGUGAGAAUGAUGGCAUUAUCCAUAAAUAAAUCUUUGUUAAAAGCUAAAUCAGCAGCAGCAGAUGGUCAGGUGCAUUGUGAGAAGUUGAGAAACUUAGUGGUCCAAUGUAUUACUAAGGCUGGUGGACAGAUUGAUUAUGCUGAGAUUGUUGAUCAAGAGAAUUUGGAAAAAGUGGAAUUUAUCAAUGGCAGCCCUGUUGUCUUGUGUGUUGCAGCAUGUUUGGGAAAGUGAGACUUAUAGACAACAUGGAAAUUAAUUUCAAAAUAGAUGUGAAAAAUUGAUAUAGUUAAGCUACCAUGUCUCAUCGUAGCUCUCAAGGAUUCGCCACUUGGUAAAUAGCUAAUGCACAAUGCAAUGAUACACCACCAA